ACACACACAAACACACACACAUACAUUUACUCGGGAUUUACACUGAGAACAAGCAGGCAGACGGCAGGGAACAGCCCCGACGUCCCUUUCCUCGUCCUUUCGAGUAUUUCACAGAGCCAAAUGCCCGGUCCGACCCAAGCUCUGUCCCCCAAUGGAGAGAACAACAACGACAUCAUUCCGGACAACAACGGCACCAACAUCAUUCCCUACAGAAAGAACACAGUGCGGGGAGAGCGCGCCUACAGCUGGGGGAUGGCGGUCAACGUUUACUCUACCUCAAUCACCCAGGAGACGAUGAGCAGGCAUGACAUCACAGCCUGGGUCAACGAUCUGCUCUGUCUAAACUACACUAAAGUGGAGCAGCUGUCGUCAGGAGCGGCGUACUGUCAGUUCAUGGACAUGCUGUUUCCCGGCUGUAUCAGUCUUAAGAAGGUGAAAUUCCAGGCCAAGCUGGAGCAUGAAUACAUCCACAACUUCAAGCUCCUGCAGGCCUCCUUCAAGAGGAUGAAUGUUGAUAAGAUUAUCCCCGUAGAGAAGCUCGUCAAGGGGCGAUUUCAAGACAACCUUGACUUCAUUCAGUGGUUCAAGAAGUUCUUUGAUGCAAAUUAUGAUGGUAAAGAGUACGACCCGGUGGAGGCCAGACAGGGACAGGACGCCAUUCCCCCUCCAGACCCUGGCGAGCAGAUCUUCAACCUGCCAAAGAAAUCCCACCACGCCGCCAGCUCUCCCACCGCAGGAGCUACUCGAUCAACCAGUUCCACCCCUAAAUCCUCCACUUCCACCUCCACCUCCACCUCUCGGCCCUCCUCUGCCAAAAAGCUCCCGGUGAUGUCGGCGACACCCGCGAAGGGCGAGAAAGAGCUGGAAGCCCAAGUAACACAACUAAACGAACAGAUGAACACGUUAAAACUGGCACUUGAAGGAGUGGAGAAGGAGAGGGAUUUCUACUUCGGGAAGCUGCGGGAAGUGGAGCUGUUGUGUCAGGAGCAGGGCCAAGACAACGGACCCUUCGUCGAGAGACUCAUGGAGGUGCUGUACUCCGCAGACGACCAGGAGGCGGGCGGAGAGGAGCACGAGGCUCCGGCUCAGGAGGAGGACGUUCCAGACGACACACAGGACGAAUACUGAACACACAUACACACACACAAACACACUGCUUCAGCUUCAUUCUCUCAGACUCACAACGGUUCAAUUCUCAGUUGCUCUCAUCAUGAAGGAGUGAGAGAUCAGUCGGCCGAACUCUCAAACCCGUCUUUUGUGUUGGUCGGUUCAUUUUGCAGCCCUGUUCGAUCGCAUCAUGACUAUUCUCAACAUCAGCUUAAAUGGUGAAUGUUGUUUGUGUGAAUCCUGUGACGACAGCAAUGCAUUGGGUUUUUAGUACACCUGCUGGUGUUUCCUCCAGCUGGUUUUCAUCUCAACUACACAUUAUCUAUAGGAACACAUCACUUUUUUAAUGAAAAUAGGCUCAUUUUAUUAAUCCACUGGAGUUAAAGAGUUAAGUUUGACCAUUUGUAAGCCAUUUAGUUGAUCUUUAAGUCUGGCGGGAGCACUUUUAGCUUAGCUUAGCUUAGCAUAGAUCAUUGAUUCAAAUUAGACCGUUAGCAUCUCACUCAAAAAUGACCAAAGAGUUUUGAAAGUUUUCUUAUUUAAAGCUUGACUCUGUAGUGACAUUGUGCACUGCAUAAUAACAUUCGUCCUACUGCAAAGUUUCAUUAUUACAGAAUCAGAGUAUGCUACUUGCAUUGCUAGCGCCGACGUUCAAAUCCCGCUUCUACCACCAGGACAGAAAUCAACAGCGCAGCAAGGUUUUUAUGUAUGUUGCCAGAUUAAAGUAAAAAAUGCUUUGAGAUUGAAAUGUUUGGUCAAUUGUGUGAGGUGAUGAGCUUCAUACAAGAUCUGGAAACCUGACAAAAAGUAACCAAAUAGGGCCAUACAUAUUAUGAGAAAUGAAUUCAAUUCAAUUCACCUUUAUUUGUAUAGUGCUGUUACAAUGUAGAUGUGUCUGAGCCUCGGACAUUAUCAGGAAGGCUAUUGCAGAGUUUAGGAGCCAUAAAUGAGAAAGCUCGACCUCCUUUACUCAACUUUGCUACUCUAGGUACUACCUGAAGCCCUGAGUUUUGAGAUCUGAAAGAGCGAGCUGGAUUGUAGCGAGACAGAAGGUUGGUUAGAUAAACAGGAGCUAGAUUAUUUAAAGCUUUAUAGGCAAGAAGCAAUAUUUCAAAUUCAAUACGAAACUUAACAGGCAGCCAGUGUAAGGAGGAUAAAAUUGGGGUGAUAUGGUCAAAUAGGCGGAUGGCGUGAGAUGGGUGUGAAGGAACUCCCCUAAAAAUGAGAGUGUCUGGAGGCACGGUCAUAUCAGUCCAAGUUUAAAUAGUAAAAAAAAGUAUUUAAAUUCUUUAGUCAUUUUUGAGAUGCUAAUGGUCUAAUCCGAUUCAAUAAAUUAUGCUAAGCUAAGUUAAAGGUCUUCCACGGUACUCGGAGACCAGCUGAAUAGAUUCACAUAUGGUAAAAACAAUCUGUUUACCUCUUUGAGCCUAUUUCCAAAACAAGUGUAGUGUUCCUUUAAGGAAGGGGUGUCCAAACUCAGUCCUGGAGGGCCAGCGUCUAGCAUAGUUUAGCUCCAACCUUAAUCACUGAAACCUGAGCCAGGUAAUAAGCUCUUACUUGGCUUACUUGAAAUGUCCUGGCAGGUGUUUUGAGGCAGGUUGGAGCUAAUCAUACGUUCACACUGAAAGCGGGGGGAGCGUCAAAGUAGCCGGAAGUCAUUCAUUUUCAAUGAGAGCCGGCUGAUAUGCAGCAAUGGCCCCUUUAAAUACGAGAUCAGAGUAGUGAAUUUUGAUGCUCUCGCCGCCGGAGCUCAAGGCAGACAUCGUUGUCGCCAGGGCGGCCAGAGCGACCUCGGACGCUCUCACCAGUUUCGGUGUGAAUGCACAGUAAGCUCUUAAAGACACCAUCCCUCCAGGACUGAGUUUGGACAUCCCUGCUUUAAGUAGAAUUGACUUUCUUCCUAUUGCUUAAGCUGGUUAUGUUCUGAACCUUCAAGUUUUAAAUGCAAUAAGAGUAGCGCAAAGAGCUAUUAAGCUACCAUUUGUGAACCGAUUGAUUACCAUGGUAAAUUUUGCAUUAGACUGUAAUGCAUAUUAGGAAAAUAAACCCACGCAGUUCAUUUUAGACCGAAUAUGGUCAUUUUUUUAAAAGCCGUUCUCAGUGUUGGAUAGGAAGCAUUUCAUUUGGACUGUGCAACCUGUAACCUGCAUCCGUUUUACUUUGUGUACAGUAGGAAAGCACCACAGCCAUCAUCUUGAGGAACUGAUGCUCAUUGAAGGUUUUAUUUCGCUGUUUGUCCUGAAGCACAGGACAGAAAACCGCAUUCUCGUGAUCUCCUGAUAUUCUCCACAGGUCAACGCUUACGUCAUUUUAUUAUUGUGUACAAUGGAAAGGAAUGUAAACAUAUGUACUGUUAAUAAUUAUAAAUAGACGAUGUUUUCUUUUUAUUUCCCGUACAGUAUCUCCCCUUAUGCAUUCCCCAAAUGUGUUGCAUGUUUGCAUUUUAUUUGUGAAUAACUUGACCUGCUUUUUACAUAUUUAAUAAAAAAAGAAGGAAAAAAAACAAUAAAACAGAUUAUGUUAAAUGUUUUAUUUUGUAUGUUUAACUUGCUGUUUAAAAGUCUCUGGAGAUAUGGAUAGACUUGCCCUAAUAAAACCCUUUCACUUUCAAAAAGAA